GGGGCGCAGAAACGGCAGACGGCGUAUGUCGGACGGGUUUAUUGUUGUGUGCCUAUGAUUCUUUCGGUUUUGGCCUACUUUUUGCUACAGGCCUUAAGGCUAAACCAUUCGUGUGCCGUGUCUGCAUUUUUCAUGUUGGAUUAAAUAUGUGAUUUCUCAGAGACGAAGGCUUAAAGAAUCGCCAUUGAUACGGAUAACUCACAAGCACAGAAACUAGGCCUCAUAUUUCUCAAGCACGCGAGUUUUGGUUCACGUGAGUGGAAGUGACCGCGGCGCGUGCGUCCACGUGAAGGGAGCCUCAUUAUUGACGAGUAGAUGGGCGAGUCGACGUAACCGUGUCACGUGUCCGGCAAAUCUGGGAUUUGACGACAUGGACGUGCCGACGUCAGGUUAGCUCAAGAUGGACGGCGCUUAGUGCUUUGUACCGCCUGGUGCAGACGUUAGCGCACGUGCGGGAUUAGAUAAACAUAAUGUGAGCAGACGCAGUGUUGGCUGGCGACACAUCUGUCUUUCAUGCGGACAUAGCUCACCGCGAUAUGUACGGGUCAAAGCGCGUGGCUGUGCGGGAUUUGAACCCACACAUCUUGUGUGCGCUGUGCGGAGGCUACCUGAUACAGGCCACUACAGUUAUAGAAUGUCUGCAUUCGUUCUGCAGGUCCUGUAUCGUCAACUUUCUCGAGACGAGCAAGGUGUGCCCAAUAUGUGACGCUCAAAUACACAAGACACGGCCACUACUCAACAUCAGACCAGACCAAACCUUACAGAAUCUUGUGUACAAGUUGGUACCUGGCUUGUUUCAAGAUGAGAUGCGCAGGAGGCGGGAGUUCCAUGCCACGUUGUCAGAAAGUGAUGUGGAGGAGUUGAGUCUAGAGGAGAGAGGGGAGGCAAGUCUGGAGAGAGAAUUUAAACCUGGGGAUGAUCACAUCAGUCUUAUUCUACAGAUGGUCUAUAGGAAAAAUGAAAGAAAAAAAUUUAAGGUGAAAGACAACCGUUAUUUGCUGUGUCCGUCUGAGGUGACCAUCAAACACUUAAAGAAAUUCCUGCGCUACAAAUUCGACCUGACCGAGAGUUUUAAGAUCCAGAUGUUUCGAGCAGGCGAGGAGUUGACCGAUGACCUCAUGCUGCAGGACAUUGCCUUAAUCUACUCAUGGCGAGGGGAUAAGCCCAUGAGGAUCUGCUACACUGUCAGAGAUAAAUCCAAAGCUGUCAACAAGAAACCAAUCACUGAGCAGGUUACAGAUGCUGUGAAAAUACAACCAAUCAGUGAGCAGGUUACAGACGCUAAGAAAAUACAACCAAUCAGUGAACAGGUUGCUAAAGCUGUAAAAAUACAACCAAUCACUGAACAAGUUACAGAAGCUGUGAAAAUACAACCAAUCAGUGAACAUGUUGCUAAAACUGUAAAAACACAACCAAUCAGCGAACAGGUUACCAAGGUUGAUAAGCCAAUUACCAAACACCAGCGGGAUUCAAAAGCAGAAAAGCACGUGGUCAAAUAUGAACCAAUCCUUGAAGUUUUCAAACACGUCAAACACGAACCAGGAAGUGAAGGAACUUGUAUGGAAACAACAAGACCUGCUCUAAGUGGUGACAACUUGACAGCUGCAUCCACACCGGCACAUGUUGGUAGGCCAAAAACUACUUCACUAGACAACUCAAAACCUAAUACUGACAAUAGAAUACUGUCAGUCACUAAAACUGACACGUCAUUGUCAACUACAGCUGCUCCGAACGGAAGGAAGAGGGCGUCAACGUCUGUGAUAAACAAGCCUACUGUUACUGCCACACCUACUUCUGUUGCAUUUACCCACAUCAAAUCCACAGCCUCGUCCGUCACUUUAUCUGCCACGCCCAUCCAUUCAUCGGCCACGCCCUUUGUUUCAUCAGCCACGCCUCCUGACACUUAUAUAACCAUCAAUAUUUCAGCCAAGCCUCGCUCUAGCACGAGCCCGGGUCGUACUGGCGUGCCCCCUAAAGUCGCGUGCUCCUCCAGCACCCCAGCAGCCGUAGUCAGUAAACUAAACCACUCUGCCGCACCCGUUCGAUCAUCUGCCACGCCCAUUCGAUCAACUGCCACGCCCACUCGAUCAACUGACACGCCCACUCGAUCCACCGACACACUUACAAAAACAACUACCACACCCACGUUGACAACCACCCCACCAGCAACAACAACUGCCGCAAGUACAGGUAGUACACCUACAAGAACAACUACCACACCCACAGUGACUAAUUCCACACCCUCAUUUUUACCUGUCACUCCCGCAAGAUCAGUCACCACAAGCACACGUACAACAGCUACAACCACAACAACCACUACAUUCACCAAGGCAACAAUUACACCCGCUUAUUCAACCACCGCCCCCACACGUCCAUCCACCACACCAGCAAGCUCGUUUAACACACCCACAAAAGCACCAACCACGCCCACAAAAGCACCAACCACGCCCAUGAAAGCACCAACCACGCCCAUACUACCAUUUUCCUCAAGCUCCUUGUCACCUACCAAAGAAAAACACGUGUCUCAUCAGAAAAGAAAACACGACAUCAAAUCACCCAGUCCUUCUUCGGUGCUAAAGACUGUUUUUGUUCCAACAACUGUGCCACAGAAAACACCACCCACAACACCACAGAAAACACCACCCACAACACCACAGAAAACACCCACAACACCACAGAAAACACCACCCACAACACCACAGAAAAUACCACCUACAUCAGCACAGAAAAUACCACCUACAACGCCACAGAAAACACCACCUACAACGCCACAGAAAACACCACCUACAACGCCACAGAAAACACCACCUACAUCGGCACAGAAAAUACCACCAAGUGUGCAAAGAAUCCCACCAACUGAACAAAAGACUCAACAAGCGCCACAGCCAGUAACUUCUGCUUGUUACCCAGCCGUCACCACAGUAAACUCACCCAAUGUUGUUAGCUCGCCGGUCACCACCCCCGCCCCUGUGUCAGUCAAGGGUGACCAGUCUCACGGCCCCGGUCACCUGCUACACAGUGUCCAGUCGAUACUCAGCAGAACCGGCAAAAAGAACUCGCAUCCUACUCCCUCUCGCCUUGAAGCUGCUACCGACUCGGCCAGCAAAAUUCCACCAGCUCCAAACGGGAAGCGGAAGGAUACAUUUAGCUCACCUGCGGCAGAUCACGUCUCGUGUAAGGAGAUAUCGCGUGAUACAGAAGAUCGCGCGUCGAGUAGGGAUAUCUCGCGUGAUGCAGCAGUCAUCCAGAGAUCACAGAGCGUGAUAGAAAGCCCGUACAUCUCACCGAGGUCUGAGGAUCGAGACCAGGCUACACAGGACGACACGGACACUUUCGCCUCAUACAUUCCAAAGUUCCAGAAGCAUCGGAAGCUGCUGGCCGUCAAGCGGUCAAUGUCCUACGAAGGACAGACCAGUGGUCAAGCUGCCGUGUCCAGCGUUAACGACGACGCUAUGGAGAAACGGAACUGGAAAAAAAGAAAACUUUCAACUUUCGAUUUCUCAACGCCGUGUUCAACAGCUAUUGCCCCGGGGUCGGGCGGUGACCCAGGGUUGUCUUUUACAUCCAGUCAGAAAGUGCCCGAAAGUUCGAAUAAAACCAACUCACCUCUCAAGUGGGUCACUGACCCAGGUAAAACAUUGACCACAGCUUCGGUCAGCUGUCUGCCUUUUGUACCCCCACAAAACGGAGGGCCCAAAGUCCCGGCGCCCCAGCCCCUUAAAACUUCAGCGCCCCAGCCCCUUAAAACUUCAGCGCCCCAGCCUCUUAAAACUUCAGCGCCCCUCAAGCACGUGUCGGGUCGGCCUGUCAGCCCGUCGCCUAACGGUUUGUUUCCAGUCUCCAGAAUUCCCGCUUCCCAGGCCGACGUUGCCAUGGCAACCCAAUCGAUACUUAACAACAACAGUAUUCUGUCUGUAGGGAGAAAGGGCAGCCUCACUGAUGCGGGGAAAACUUCGGGGAAAUCCCGAUCGUUGAAAGACGACAAACACUUCCUGGGGGAAUACCCGUCGUCUCGUGACGUCAAGUCAGAUCAGAGCUCAGUCAAGUCCGGUAAAGUCAAGUGCAAGCAGUCAAGCGGCGGCAAGUCGGGUCAGUCACUCGGCCGCAAGUCGGGGAAGAAAUCGAGCUCGGGUGUGCCGGACAGCCACGCCCCCAUGGAGGAGAUCCGUGUGGAGAUCAGCAGCAGCCCGUCCGACGCCUCCAGUGUGACGUCACCGGCCACUGACGUCACGUCGCCCGGCACGGAAGACCGUGCGGACACGGGCGCCCUGCCGGACAUUCAAACCUCCUGCCACACGUCUUGUGUGGUCAGUUUCCCCGGGAAAAUCGGACCGUUGGACUUGUCCAGCAAGAAAAAGAAAUAGCGCCUCCCCCUUGUAUUUAUUGUUUAAUUAGCGCUAAUUAAUUAGUCAUGUGUAAGCCAUAGCUUUAACUGAAUCCUACCUAAACAAGUUCUGUUGUAGAGACAUCGGGGUUUUAACUCGAUAUUUGGCCGUUGACCCGCGUUGGUGUAGUUGUGUCCAUUCAUUGCCUGAUGCUGUUGUUCUACUCACCUUCAGUUGUAGACCUACCACAACAUUGGGGAGAAUGUUGGUGAUAUGGGUGGGGCGGGAACAUGUUUUUUUUAAUCACGUGAUUGUUUUAUUGACCUGAUAUUUACAUGAUGUUUUGUUUAACUGCUGAUGAUGUAGAGGUCGUUCAUGUUGUUAGUGAUAAUUUCUCUGUGUUAAAUCAUAGCUACGGAUAUGGAUAUCGCGGCAAAAUGU